AUGGCACCGAAUAUUUUUAGACCAUGGCAUUCUAACUCAUCUGAGUCUUCGUUAGACAAGAACGCGAAUUUCAAUGAUGUUGCUGAGCUCCCAAGUGCUCCCUCAGAAAAAAAUUGUUCUGAUAAUUCUGUCCUCCAUGAUUUCAAAAGCUUGGAUAAUCAUUCGUCUUUCAUACACAGCCAAGCAACUCGCUGGAGCGCCCCUGCACUCACGUCUACCGCCAGUGCCUCUACAAACGAAUUUUCCUCUUGUCGUCCUCUUCAUACGCCCUUGGGCCAGUGCUUACCCACCUUUAAAGAAAAUGCUUCUGAAAUAUGUGGUCCAGAGCCAUCAUCAGAUUUAGAAAGUCAACUUUCAUCUUCUCGCCUUUCAGAUGUAUGUCUAGCUUCCAAUGGGUUUGCAGGUUCACUUAAGAGUGAAUCUAGUGAUGUAUCAAACAUAUAUGAUCUCGAGCACGAUACUUCUAAAAUCAAGCCUUAUUUUCAAGUCCCAUCCACCAAAUCAAUUUUUCUUAAUAAUUGUGAUGCUGUAAAUAGUUCAAACUCGCGUUCAUCCAAAGAAUUGAAACUGGCGGAUAAUUGCUCUAAGACUGAUUUUCAUAACCCUCACAAAGUUCUUUCAUUUGAACCUCGAUCUCGACCACACACCGCCUCUUCGAUUGAUCUAUUUCCUGAGCACUCAGCAAACGUUGGCUCUCCUUAUCAAGCUGAAGUAGAAUCAGAUGAGUCUAGCUCUACAUGUGGCACUCUAUCGAUACAUGAUAAUGAACGGGUAAACGAUACAGCUAGUUCUAUCUCUUCUGCAUAUGCCUUCCUUGCAGGGCUUCUUGCCGCUGCUAGUGGGCGUAAGGCCAUCAAAACCAACCUUGAAUCAAAUUUUAAGGAGGCCUGUUCAAGCGAGAAUAAUCGGUAUGCAUAUCCAUAUCAUUGGUUGCGCCCACCGAAUGCCUUCCUUAAUCGUCUCUCUCCUAAAACUUCAAAUUCGAGGUGGCGAUAUUCCACGUCUAAUGGCUCCAGGGAAGAAGGUUCUUUCCCUUCUUCAUCUCAUUGUUCGAAUAUCUCCUUUAGAUCCACUUGUUCUGAUCAAAAUUUGGCUGUAUCUUCUCGAGAUAACUUGGCAGCAGACUGGCGCCAUCGUAAUUCUAGAAGUUUUGCCAUACCCAGAGAUUGUCUCGCUGAGGAAGAGGAAGAAGAAGAUGAAACAGAAGCUGAACAUAGCCUAGAAAUUAACAUUGAAGAUGUUUCGGGAAAACUAGAUGACGAUCCUGAAGGUGAUGAUGCAUGUGCCUCAAAUGGUAUCUGCGACGACGACGGGGAUGACGAUAAUGAUGACGAUAGUCUUGCUGAUUUGGAUGAUUAUUUGUUAUACUAUCGUACCGGGGAUCUUCUGUUUGGCCCUCCUUCUUCUGUUUCUCUGACGGCUGGUGAUUAUUCUAACUGUCCGCCACCCCAAUCACCACAUGUUUCGCUGGGGGAUUUUGACUCACUUUCAUUUCCGGGACUUCGAGCUGUUGGACUUUCUGGUAACGCCUACGCCCAGUAUCGAUCUCAUUUUGGCGAAAUGCUAACAAAUCAAGAUGAUCCCGUUUCUGCACAUACUGCCUCCUCAUUUGUUUCUCCUUGGCGCCAGGAGUGCUCUCAGCUUGCAGAGAAGGUUCAUAGUCUCAAAUCUAGAAUGAACGAAGUCAAAUUGCGAAGGGAAAGACGCCGUGAAGAGUUUCGUCGUCAUGCUGAAUGUGAAGAUGCUCUUCUCACUAAGGAGUCCCACAAGCGUUUACCUCCUAUAAAAUCAGAAGAAACUUCUGCACCUGCUCAUAUUUCGAAUGUUAUUGAAAGAUCGAAUAGUGACAAUUCCAGCUCCACUACUCUCGCAACGAGAAUCUCUAAUAAUAAUGUCACAGUUAUCCCUCGCUCUCUUGAUGUUGAGCGAUCUAACACUGAUCAGCGUCCCUUCACAUCACAUUUAUAUUCUCGUAUGGAGGGAGCUGACUUAAUCCUCAAGCGUUUUUCUCUUCCUGGACGACUUAAGCCGGUUUCAUUGGAAGCCACUUCUUCCGUGCCCGUUUCUGAUUCUAAUGCUUGGAAACAGUUAUCCCGUGGACGCAUUCAGCGCCCUCUCACUCCAAUUGUGCCUCCCACUGCACGUCCAUCUACUCCAGUUUAUCCUGGUCAGAAAACCCUGUGA